AUGGCCCUCUCACCCACUGACCCUUCAGAGCAGGCUGGGCAAACCGGAGCCAUGGCCCUGACGCCAGGACGAGCAGGCAGGUGGGUGUCAGAAUCACCCCGCCAGGACAAAAACCAGGACGCCGGCAUGUACCCCAACUCUCAGUCGGUGAGGCACCAGGCCCAGACGCUGUCCCUGAACAGCCAGUACGUUCCGCCCGCGUACGACUUCGGCGGGUAUCACCAUCACGCCUCGGGAGUCGUUGACCCGUCGACGGCCGCGUGGAACUCCGUUUACGCCUCCCGGGAGGACUACCCGUACAGCUUCUCCGGGUCGAGCCCCGGCCCCGGGCAGGUAAACUACAUCUCCCCGGACCUGAUCAGCGCACCCUCCGCCGCAGGAGGGGGGCCGCUCCACACGUACAACUUCACACCUGCCCAGGAUCCGUUCAGCCCCAGGAGGAGACCACCUGAGUCCAUUACGCAUGCAAUCUCAGGAGGGAAAACUCGCACUAAGGACAAGUACAGGGUGGUGUACACUGACCACCAACGGCUGGAGCUGGAGAAAGAGUUUCAGUACAACCGUUACAUCACAAUGAGGAGGAAGUCUGAACUAUCGAUGGCACUCAGCCUCUCAGAGAGACAGGUGAAGAUCUGGUUUCAGAACAGACGCGCCAAAGAGAGAAAGAUCAACAGGAAAAAGCUGCAACAUUCCCACCAGGCCUCCACAACAUCUCCCACCCCACCCGUGCUGGGAGGACUCACCAACACUCACAUCCCCACCAGCUCCGGCACAAGCUCCAGCAUGGUGUCCGAUAUAAAAGCCGAGGAAUUUUAGCUGGAUUUCAAAUGCAAGACGGACACAACAUUCAGUGUGUAAACAGUGCUUUGUUUUAACAAGUUCUUCACAAUGAAUAAUCACUCACUUUUGCUGCACCUCCUGCCUUUUUACAAGGCCAAGCUCCACAUGUUGCAAUGAAUGACUCUGGUGAGUGUUGGUCAGUUGCAACUGAAGUUCACGAGGUAUUACUGAUUAUUACCUGAUUUUACUGAGAUGCUGUCUUGAUUAUAACUUAAUCAAGACAGCAUCUCCUUUCACUUUUUGGCCACGCAUGCCACUGUUUCAUAGAGGGUUGAUAAAUUAAACUAACUUUUGCACAAGCCUUUUACAGUUUUUAAUGAAGAGGUUAAAUAUUUUGGAGUGUUGCAAUUUUGCUACAUCAACAGGAAGCAAAGAAUUUCUCUUCUAACUUCAGCUGAAGGAAAAUGUGUAUGAAUUGGAAACAAAUAUUAAACAUAUUCAGGUUUUUUGUAUAGGGGAGAGAAAAUGGCAGUAUAGUUUACAACAGCUAUGGGGACAGAUUGUCAGCUGAACAAAUUAAGUGAAAGGAGGAUCAAAAGCUACUUUUUUAUGUUAGGUGUAGGUAUUAAUUUAAGAU